AUGGCAUCGUCAUCGCCGCACAAGAACAUCCUCCUGCUGAUUGCAGAUGACCUGGGCAAGUACGUCGGCUGCUAUGGCUGCAAGUCCAUCAAGACGCCCAGCCUCGACAAGCUCGCGGCCCAAGGCGUGAGGUUCGACAAUGCUUUUGCCAGUACCGCAUCCUGUAGUGGCAGCCGCUCGACAAUCUACACGGGUCUGCAUACACACGAGAAUGGACAGUACGGCCUUCACUGGUUCCGGUCACAUUUCCAGACUUUUCACCACGUAGAUUCUGCGCCUCUCCUCUUCAACCAGGCCGGCUAUCAAACUGGCAUUGUUGGCAAGAUUCACGUCGGGCCACCUGAAGUGUACCCAUGGCAGGUCAGAAAAGAAAGCGAUACGCGCGACGUGGCGUGGGCGGCGGACGAAGGCGAAGCAUUCUUCAAGGCCGCCAAACACAGCAACCGCCCGUUCUUCUUGACUGUAGGCUACAUCGAUCCUCAUCGUGACAUACAGACUCGUGGCGAGUUUGGAAAUGUACCUGAGCAGUACGGUGACCGGAUCUCCAUCCCUGAGGUAAAGGAAGAGGACGUUGAGAUCCCUCACUGGAUCAACGAGCUCCCUCAAACGAGGUACGAAUUCAAGGAGUAUUACAAGGCUAUCAACAGGACAGAUACCGGUGUAGGACUCAUACUUGACGCUCUCGAGAGACAAGGUCUUGCAGAGGAUACUCUGGUCAUUUUCACCAGCGACAAUGGACCCCCCUUCAUCAACUCGAAGACCACACUAUACGAUGCUGGGAUUCACUUGCCGCUCAUAGUCCGCCAUCCAGGCUCGAAGAAAGGCGCCGUCAACCCCAACAUGAUCUCCUUCAUCGACAUCCUCCCAACAAUGCUAGACUGGGCAGGCCUCGACCUAGCAAUGAAAGGCAAAGACGGCCUCUCGCCACCACGCCGAGGCCGCUCCUUCCUCCCCAUAAUAGAUCGAGAAGACGAGGUCGACGCCUCCACCUGGCAACACGAAGUCUACGGCUCCCACACCUUCCACGAAAUGCAAAACUACUGGCCCACCAGAAUUCUAAGAACCAAGCAGUACAAAUACCACCGCAACAUCGCCUGGCGACUCGACUUUCCCUUCGCAGCAGAUUUAUACGCCAGUCUCGCUUUCGAAGAAAUCCGUAACAUGGACCCUCCCGUCAAGGUAGGAAAUCGCACGUUAAAGGAUUACAUCUUCCGGCCACCGGAGGAGUUGUACGAUCUCGAAAACGACCCGGAGGAGAUUCAUAAUUUGGCGGAGGAUGAGGAGUCUCAGAAGCUAUUGCUUGAAAUGCGCGAAAGAGUGACCGAGUGGCAGAAGGAGACUGGUGACCUGUGGCUCUAUCGCGAUGGGCAAAGCGUGACUGUCUUGUCGAGGUAUGCGAAAGAUGGGAUGGAGGUGCCAGAACGGCUGGACUUUGAUGCGGAGAAUCCUGGUACGAAGGGUGUGGUUAUGACGAAGCAUUUGGAUAAGGAUGCGUACUCGGCUGGGAUUAAGGAGACGAAGUAUUGA